AGAGAGCCGGCAUGGCUUGGGCCGCCAUGUUGCGACGGUGACCCCAGCGGAGAUGACGGAUUUUUGGAAGGCCAGCUAUUUUGACACUCUCAGCUACAAUUUCAGUCUUUGCUGCACCAAGAUUUCGAUCCUUCUGCUCUACCUUCGCGUCCUGACGCCCGACUACAUCCGCAAGGUCAUCUGGGUAGCUUUCGGCAUCGUUGUUCUCUACAACGCCUGGGCUUUCGCCAUGGAGCUGACAAUAUGUAUCCCCCUGGCCAAAGAGUGGGAUCCGUCUCUUCCCGGGUACUGUCAUCCAACGUCCGUCUGGUGGGCGUUGACCUACAUUCACAUCGCCACGGACUUCAUGCUAUUUGUCAUUCCGAUUCCCGUCGUCGUCACCAUGACGAUCCCGACACGGCGAAAAGCUGGCCUCCUGUUUGUCUUCACCUUGGGCCUGUUCGUUUGCUUGAUCUCCGUUGUGCGCACAAUCAUCCUGAGCAGGCUGCUCGACUCCGCAGACCCGAUGUGGGAUUAUGUGGUUAUCGCCAACUGGACGAGCGCCGAGACCAACGCCGCCAUCAUCUGCGCGUGUAUGCCCACAUUGCGGCCGGUUCUGGCCGCCCUUCUGAAGCGUUUGUUUCCGCACUUCGACCAGUCGCUGGAGGAUCCCUCAAGCAAUAGACCCAGAACGAUAGGGUCAAUGCCCAUACAGGCGCCCAGGUUUGGGCGGGGCUCCAGCAACAACCAGCGGACAUUGCCCCCUCUGUCGGACAGCUCUUGGGCGCUAGCCCACGGCGGAACCGCGUCCGUGACAACCGUUGAGACCCGUCAGAGCACGGGUCGUCGCCAAGAUGGGGUUUCGAAAGUGGUAUCGACUGCAGACGGCGAACCGUCCGACGUGGAAUUGGAAUCAGGGCUUGCACCAACCCCAACAGUGCCCGCCAAGCCUAGGAACUCGAGGUAGUCUUCAUCUCCUCCUCUU